UCCUGGCUGCCUCUGGACCUGUUGGUUCCUCUCUGACCCUCUGAGAUGGCGGAGGACAACCUGAGGACCUGGCUCCUCUGGGUCUUGCUCUUGCGCUCGGCCCUGGGCGAGCUGUAUACACCUAUUCAUGCAGCAGACACCUGCGCCUUCUAUGGAGAGUGCGGAAAGAACCCGGAACUGUCAGGGAGCCUGGCCACCCUGUCCAACGUGUCCUGCUUGUCCAACACACCAGCACAGCUACUGGAGGGUGAGCACCUGGCCCUGCUGCGGAGCAUCUGCCCUCGCCUGUACCGUGGCCCUCACUCCACUCGUGCCUGCUGCUCUGCCGCACAGCUGCUGUCCCUGAGGUCCAGCAUGGCACUCACCAAGGCGCUGCUCACCCGCUGCCCUGCCUGUGCUGACAACUUCGUGAGCCUGCACUGCCACAACACCUGCAGCCCCGACCAGAGCCUUUUCAUCAACGUGACACGUGUGGUGGCACAAGGUGGGCCAGAUAAGCGGGCUGUGGUGGCCUAUGAGGCCUUCUACCAGCGCGCCUUUGCCGAGCGCACCUAUGAGUCCUGCAGCCGGGUGCGCAUCCCCGCAGCUGCCACGCUGGCUGUGGGGACCAUGUGUGGCGUGUAUGGCUCGGCCCUCUGCAACGCCCAGCGCUGGCUCAACUUCCAGGGCGACACAGGCAAUGGCCUGGCCCCCCUGGACAUCACUUUCCACCUCAUGGAGUCUGGCCAGACACCCGGGGCUGGGAUGCAGCCCCUGAGUGCUGAGCUCACCCCCUGCGAUGCCUCUGAGGGCAAUGGCUCGGCGCCCUGCUCCUGCCAGGACUGCGCUGCCUCCUGCCCUGUCAUUGUCCGCCCAACGGGCCUGGAUGCCACCUUCCGCCUGGGCCGCCUGGAUGGCUGGCUGGCCGUGGUCAUCAUCCUCUGUGACCAGAUUGAUUCCUACCUGCUCGACUAUUUCCAUUUUCUGAACCAAUACUUUGAAGUGGGGGCCCCGGUGUACUUUGUCACCACUGGGGGCUACAACUUCUCCACGGAGGCUGGCAUGGAUGCCAUCUGCUCCAGCGCUGGGUGCAACAACUUCUCCAUGACCCAGAAGAUCCAGUAUGCCACGGAGUUCCCCAAGUUGUCCUACCUUGCCAUCCCAGCCUCCUCCUGGGUGGAUGACUUCAUUGACUGGCUGACCCCGUCCUCCUGUUGUCGCAUCUACAGCUUUGGCCCCAACAAAGACCAGUUCUGUCCCUCAACUGUCACCUCCCUGGCCUGUCUUAAGAACUGCAUGGGCUUGACAUUGGGCCCUGUGCGGCCAACGGUAGAGCAGUUCCACAAGUACCUGCCCUGGUUUCUGAAUGACAUGCCCAAUAUCAAAUGUCCCAAAGGUGGGCUGGCAGCUUACAGCACCUCCGUGGACUUGGCCCCUGAUGGGCAGAUUCUAGCCUCCAGGUUCAUGGCCUACCACACACCACUGAAGAACUCUCAGGAUUACACAGAAGCUCUGCGGGCUGCCCGGGAGCUGGCGGCCAACAUCACUGCCGAUCUGAGGAAGGUGCCGGGCACUGACCCGGACUUUGAGGUCUUCCCCUACACGAUCACCAACGUGUUCUACGAGCAGUACCUCAAGGUGGUGCCUGAGGGGCUGUUCAUGCUGAGCAUCUGCCUGCUGCCCACCUUUGCUGUCUGCUGCCUCCUGCUGGGCAUGGACCUGCGCUCCGGCCUCCUCAAUGUCUUCUCCAUCAUCAUGAUUCUUGUGGAUACAGUGGGUUUCAUGGCCCUGUGGGGCAUCAGCUACAAUGCUGUGUCCCUCAUCAACCUGGUCACUGCAGUGGGCAUCUCUGUGGAGUUUGUGUCUCACAUCACACGUGCCUUUGCUGUCAGCACCAAGCCCACCCGCCUAGAGAGAGCCAGGGAGGCCACCAUCAACAUGGGCAGUGCGGUGUUCGCGGGAGUGGCCAUGACCAACCUGCCUGGAAUCCUGGUCCUGGGCCUGGCUAAGGCCCAGCUCAUUCAAAUCUUCUUCUUCCGCCUCAACCUCCUCAUCACUCUGCUGGGGCUGCUGCAUGGCCUGGUCUUCCUGCCGGUUGUCCUCAGCUUCGUGGGGCCCGAUGUCAACCCAGGCCUCGUCCUGCAGCAGAAGCAGGCAGAGGAAGUUAUAGCCAAGAAGGCCUCAUGCCCAGAGCACCCCUCCACCAUCGAUGGGACAAGCCACAGCUAUGAACAUAUCUACUACAACUCUGGCUUUGAGCCUCCUGCUGAGGAUGGCCUGCCGCCAGGUGGGAAGGUGCUCUGAAGGAACUCACACCUCAGGGCAGGCUCAAAAGCCCUGAAACAAGGGGUCCCCAGGGUCCUCCAGUGGGAGGCUCUGAGCUGCCCUCCUCCUAAGGACUGGGAGAGGACCUUUGGGUCUUCCAGUCUGAUAGCUGGUCCCUAAGUCAUUCCAGCACAAGGCCCUCACUCAGGGAUCUGUGCAUGUCCAGGAAGGACACACUCCUCACAUUUGGACCUGGAGCUCUUUUUAUCCAGCUUUCCCUGGCCUCUCACUCUUUUGGCAC